AUGUGGUCGAGGGCCUUGGAAACUCUCCCACCCGACGAAAAGGGCCGACUGAAGACCUUUGUCGAUGUCGACGCCGACGGGCCAGAGGUGUUGAGCGACAUCCUCCAGGCCGCUCAGCAGAAGAAGGUCGAGGCACAGGAAAAGCGGUGGAGGUUUACCUGGCAUGGUCAUACCUACAUCGUUAGAGACUAUUUGGAGAAGAUUAUUGCCUGGGUAGAAAGGUUCAAGGCUGUGGGUGAUACAGCUGUGCAGUAUGACCCUACUCAUGCGGCGCUGCCUUGGGCCUGUGUUCGCUUCUUCCUCCAGGCGGCCGUCGAUAACGUGCGGGCUUUCGGCAUCAUGGCUGAGAACAUGAGCCAGGUUGUAAAUCUCAUUGCUCAAUCUGCGAUCGUGGAGGACCUGUAUCUGGGUCGCAACCUCAAGAUUGCCCGCCUCCUGGAACAGUCACUCACUCGACUGUAUGCUCGUAUCCUGCGUUUUCUGGACAGAAGCGCCAACUACUACUCGAACGGCACGGUUAAAAACUUGGCGAAAAGCGCGCUCGGUGACUUGGAGGCUACAAAAAGUAUUUCCGAUCUGGUCGCCGUCGAGCAGGACGAAAUCGAGCGUUGCAUGGGGAUUGCAGAAGCCGAAAUUCGUGAGCUAGAUGCCGCAGAGUCAGAGCAAGCUCAAUCUCAAUACACGACGGACAUGAAGAAAAUCUUAUCGGCCCUAAAAUCUCCAAUUUGCAGGAUUGCCGCAGACACAUCGCAACUCCUAAAGCUAUCCCAAGAAACUGAUCGCCAGACCAUAUUGAGGUCUCUCUCCACGUUGCCGUAUCCGUCUCAUCACCAGGCUGCGGUCCGUGGGCGUUUGGAUGGGUCAGGAGAAUGGCUGUUACAUCACCAAGCCUUUCGCAGCUGGCGGGGAAGCAGUUCGUCCACGAUUCUUUGGCUGCACGGCAUCCCAGGCUGCGGGAAAACAAAGCUCUGCUCGGUUGUCAUCGAUUCGAUAAAAGCCAUAAAAGCUGAAUCGGCUGAGCUUCUGGCUUUUUUCUACUGCGCCAGAGAUCCGCGAGAACCUUUGCGAGGACAGUGCAAAGCCGCUGUACAGAGUCUUCUACGGCAAGCUGUAGCUAUGUCCCCGAACCGAACAGUCCCCAAAGCAGUGAAGAGUAUGUAUGAGAAGAUACAAGAUGAGGGCUUCGAGGAACGUGAGUGGUCGUUGAAGGAAUGCAAAGACACUCUCAUCCAUGUCAUGGACAUCUACCCCUCACUAACAAUCGUUAUCGACGCUCUGGAUGAAUGCGACGAGGAUGAACGGAUGGACCUUCUCGUCUCGCUUAAGGAAGUGAGAGACAAGUCUGCGAAUCUGGUCAAAAUUCUUAUCUCGAGUCGUGACGAUGUUGAUAUAAUCUCAUCGCUAGCCGAUACGUCAGACAUCAGAGUCAGCGCCGCUCACAACUCUGUGGAUAUCAACCGAUUCGUUGAUGAGAGAGUUAGUGCGCUCAUGGACUCUCGAGAGAACCUCUACGGCCCUGGACUUCCGGGACUUCGCCAAGAUGUUGCGUCAGUUUUGUCAGAGAAGGCUGAGGGAAUGUUCAGAUGGGUAGACCUGCAGCUCGAGACGUUGAAGCGUGCGAAACUCGACCAGGACCUCAAGUCUCGGCUUGGCCGCCUCCCACGAACCCUUGACAACUCAUACUACGCAAUCUACUGCGCCAUCCAAGACUCUGGGACAUUUGCAAAACUCCUUGCCAACGGCGUGUUUCAAUGGCUGCUCUAUGGACAACAAGCGAUAGAAACGGAGACAUUCGCGGCCUUCAUCUCCCUUGUUACCGGGGCCUCGGUUAUCCCGCUGAAACCACAGCACCUGUUGGACAUUUGUGGAAAUCUGGUAGAGAUUGACCCAGCACUCAACGUCUUCCGCUUUGUCCAUCUGUCAGUCCGCGAGUUCUUCGAACAUUUCCAGGGCCGUGGAGAUGAGACAUUCACCCCGUCAAAGGGACAUGCAGCCUUGGCCCACCACAGUUUGCUGCACAUAUGCUCCAGCCUGGCUCCAACUCGCAUAGCCGCCAACCAGGAGCUGUUGGGGAAAGGCAUCUCCUCGUAUCCCAUUUCCGAAAAAUCAGUGAAAAAGUACGUGGACCAGUACUGGCAUGAGCACGCCAGGCUAAGCGGAGAAAAUCGUUAUAAGGUCCCUUUUCAGCCGCUAUUCGACACUUUUAUUAGACCUCAUCCAGAUUCCUCGAUAUUCGAGAUCUGGUGUCGUACCGCUGCUUUUGAUGGAGUCACGGGACUGGAGCUGGAAAGGUGUUACUCAGCUACCAGAAGCCCGGCCCAUCCAGUGUGGCUGGCGUGUGCUUUUGACUUGGAGAAGGCCAUAGACUUCUGCAACUGCCAAGGAGGGUUUGACACGGAAAUGAGAACAGGUGUUUCUCUUACGCCCCUACUCGAAGCUGCUAGACUCGGUAGCCCUAGCACCCUUCGCAAGUUAGUGGAAUGCGGGGCCGACGUUUGGGCAGUGACGGCCAACUACCGCAAGGGCGUCGCGGACUUUGCCCUUGAGAAUGGGCAUACGUCUGUGAUUGAGCAACUCGAGGAGCUCGGUCUGAUGAAACUUCUCGCAUCAGUCAAGGCCAAUGAUGGCAUGGGCUCCUCUUGCCCGAGGAGAUUGGCCAAAGAUGAGGCUGCUAUAGAGGAGAGACCAUCUGUUCAUGUCGACUUUCUUGCUCAUGAAUGGAAGGAUGGAGAAUUUUGGGCCUCUCGGAGAUACCUAGCGUCUCACGGAUCCGAAUACGGCAACAAAGCUCGCUUGGAAAACGCCGCAUGGCGUGCUUGGACGAAGGCUAAGGAUGGUCUAAAGACCGUGUCGCCAGAGAAGCUUAAUUGGUUAAUCCCCUCCUCCGUCUCUGUUUCUUCUUUCGGCUGA